AUGCUUUCUACUAAACUUUUCGUCGUUCUUUUUUGCCUUCCAGUCGCUAUUUUCUGUUACAAAUGUGCUGUUUCCGACAGCAAUACAAGUAACGGCGUCUCAGACUGUGAUUCUUCUAACUAUUGCGUCACUAUCAACGAAUACGAUUUCAACGGCAACUGGGUAAAAGAAAAUAGACAGUGCUCAAAUGCUCAGACUUGCUCAAGCAAUGGAAAGCGCCUUGCCAUGGGAAAUACUCUAACACAGAGCCUUUCAACAACCUAUGAAUGCUGUACUGGAGACUACUGUAACAGUGCUACAAGCAAAGGACUUCUCGCUCUACCUGUCAUGAUUCUAACCUAUGUUCUUUUCAAAUAA